GAACAUCCCUUCAUACGACAGGCCCAUGGUAAAGAUAUGGCACUCCAAAAGCAGUUGAGCAACCUUAUUCAGGCACAACAACAAUUAGGCUCUGUGGCCAAGACAAGGUACUCCAACCAUUUUACAGGCAUGAACAAAUGCAUAUUCGCAGACUAUAUCACGUUGAUGCUUCUGACAAAUAUUCUCCAGAUGAUGAUCUGGUAAACCUUGAAGUUUUGGACGAGGAUACAAUUAUUUAUCAGCUGAAGAAGCGAUAUGGAGAUUUACAAAUUUAUACUUACGUUGGAGAUAUUUUAAUAGCAUUAAACCCCUUCCAAAAUCUCAAUAUAUAUUCUCCACAGUUUUCCAAGCUUUAUCAUGGUGUGAAGCGUUCCUCCAACCCACCCCACAUAUUUGCAACUGCAGAUGCUGCUUACCAAAGCAUGAUUACUUUUAAUAAAGACCAGUGCAUAAUCAUCAGUGGGGAAAGCGGUGCUGGGAAGACCGAAAGUGCCCAUCUCAUUGUGCAGCAUUUGACCUUCCUGGGAAAGGCAAACAACCGUGCUUUGCGGGAGAAGAUCCUCCAAGUGAACCCUUUAGUCGAAGCAUUUGGGAAUGCCCACACUGCUAUCAAUGACAAUUCUAGCCGUUUCGGGAAAUACUUGGAAAUGAUGUUCACACCAACUGGAGCUGUAAUGGGAGCAAAGAUCUCAGAAUACCUGCUAGAAAAAUCCAGAGUUAUAAAGCAAGCCUUAGGAGAGAAAAACUUCCAUAUAUUUUACUACAUUUAUGCUGGUCUUUAUCAUCAGAAGAAACUUUCUGAAUAUAAACUCCCUGAGAAAAAGCCUCCCAGGUAUAUUGAAAAUGGCACAGGAAAGGUGAUGCAUGAUAUUAUUAAUAAAGAAUCCUAUAAAACUCAGUUUGAAGCAAUCCAGCAUUGCUUUCGGAUCAUAGGAUUUACUAAAGAGGAAGUGCAUUCAGUGUAUCGCAUUUUGGCUGGGAUCUUAAAUACAGGAAAUAUCGAAUUUGCUGCCAUUUCUUCACAACACCAAACUGAUAAAAGCGAAGUGCCCAAUAUGGAAGCCUUAGAUAAUGCUGCUGUGCUGCUGAGCAUUGGCUCAGAAGAACUUCAGGAAGCUCUCACUUCACAUUGUGUUGUCACAAGAGGUGAGACCAUUAUCCGAACAAAUACUGUGGACAAAGCAGCUGAUGUACGAGAUGCCAUGUCAAAGGCCCUUUAUGGCCGACUCUUCAGUUGGAUUGUAAAUCGGAUUAAUACCCUGCUGCAACCUGAUAAAAAUAUAUGCAAUGCUGAAAGUGGAAUGAAUGUUGGGAUAUUGGAUAUUUUUGGAUUUGAGAACUUCACAAGGAACUCAUUUGAACAGCUGUGCAUAAACAUUGCAAAUGAGCAGAUCCAAUUUUAUUUCAAUCAGCACAUAUUUGCACUUGAGCAGAUGGAAUAUCACAAUGAAGGAAUUGAUGCUGUCUUGGUUGAUUAUGAAGACAACAGACCACUCUUAGAUAUGUUCCUUCAGAAACCAAUGGGGCUACUUUCUCUACUGGAUGAAGAAAGCCGAUUUCCCCAAGCAACAGACCUAACAUUAGUUGAUAAAUUUGAAGAUAACCUGCGAUGCAAAUACUUCUUGAGACCCAAACGAGUGGAGCUCUGUUUUGGCAUUCAUCAUUAUGCCGGAAAGGUUCAGUAUGAUGCUUAUGGCUUCCUUGAGAAGAACAGAGACACCCUUCCUGCUGACAUAAUGGUGGUAUUAAGAACUUCAGAGAACAAACUUCUUCAGCAGCUUUUUUCAAGCCCAUUGACCAAAACAGGCAACUUGGCUCAAACAAGGGCAAGAGUAACAGCUGCAUCCAGAUCUUUACCUCCACAGCUUGGGUCAGGUCGUAUUAAGAUUGACACCAUGGAAAUUAUGAGGCACCCUGAGGAAACCACCAACAUGAAGAGACAAACUGUGGCUUCCUAUUUCAGGUAUUCUCUGAUGGAUCUGUUGUCUAAAAUGGUGAUCGGGCAACCUCACUUUGUUCGCUGUAUUAAGCCCAAUGAUGACCGAGAGGCAUUGAAAUUUUCCCAAGAGAGAGUCUUAGUGCAGCUACGCUAUACUGGCAUUUUAGAGACUGUCAACAUACGUCAGCAAGGAUAUUCUCAUCGCAUUCAUUUUGAUGAGUUUGUAAAAAGAUAUUAUUACAUUGCUUUCAAAGCACAUGAGAAUCCUUCUCCAAGCAAAGAAAACUGCAUCGCUAUUCUUCAAAAGGCCAAGUUAGACAAGUGGGUUCUUGGGAAAACAAAGGUUUUCCUGAAAUACUAUCAUGUUGAACAACUGAACUUGUAUCUGCGUGAAGUUAUAGGCAGGGUGGUGAUAAUGCAGGCUUACACCAAAGGCUGGCUUGGAGCUAAAAGGUACAAAAAACUCAAACAGAAAAGAACCAACAGCGCUAUUACCAUUCAGUCAGCCUGGAGAGGAUAUGAUACUCGCAGGAAGUUCAAGGAUAUAAAGAACAAAAGAAUUGAUGCCGCUAUUCAUAUUCAAGCAGCUUUCAGGGGAUAUUUAACACGCAAAAAUUAUAGAAGAUGGAAGAAUAGUAUUGGCUAUCAAACAGAUGUGGAAUCAGUGGACUUUGUUUCCAGUCUCAGAUAUGAAGAAAAUGGACAGAAAAAUAGCAGUUUUCCUGCAAAACAGUGCUUUUUUGAAAAACAAACAAGCAAGAUUUUAGCUGAAACUUCAGCAUCCCUGGCCAUUCUGAGACAUUCAGAUCAAGUGAAAGAUUUGCAACCUUUCUGCUACACCCGUUUAGCUGCAGAUCAUCAGCUUUCUUGUCCACAAAGACCUCUGGAAAGUCAAGAAAACUGCCUUGAACAGAAGCAGAAACUACCCCGUCGAAGAUGUCAGCAGCCCAAAGUGCUGAAUAGCCCUGAGGAUAACAUAUAUUAUAACCAGUUAAAUGGAACUCUAGGAUAUCAAGGGAGCAAAAGGAAGCCAAGAAAACUUGGUCAAAUAAAAGUGCUGGAUUGGGAAGAUGAGUAUUACAAGUCAUUAUCAGUGGUAGAUUCUAUCACAGAAGAAGACAACACAUUUCAACCCCUUACUCCCUUUCAAAGCUGAACUUUUGCUCCCUAACUCAUCAGUGUGAGGCUGAUUUCCAUUGACUGGAAUAUGAAAAAGGGUCUAAGGAGGCCCUUUGGAGAAGGAAACCCAGCCCCAAACCUGAAGUAGCUGCCACUGCCUCUGUGGCUCCAUUCUUGUUGCUGUUCUUUUCUACCAGGAGACAGGUCUGCUCCUCCAGGCUGCUGCUGUCACCUUAUCUUCGCUGAAGCCAUUUGAUGGAGGAUUAUUGGAGAACAUUUCCUGGACUCCCAGUGGCCAAAUAAGAAGGAAGAAGCUUAAAUCUUCAUCCUAUUGCUUCCAUUUGGUGGCAUCCUUGGCCAGACAAUAAUGGUUCAAUAUAAUUCCUAAUCUUUCCUGGUGUUUAGCUGUCUGAACUCUACUUCUGUUUAAAGUCUGCAUGGUUCCACUUCUUAUUUUAUUCCCUCAAGCUUUGCUGUGUCACUUUACCUGCUCUUCUCUAAUGUUCAAAGUAAUAUAUUUGGCUUGGUGGUAAUUACAAGUUUUUCAAGAAGUGAUACAGAUAUGAAAUAACUGUAGUCCACCGGCCUUCUAAGGGCUUUGAAGGAAGCGAUUAUCAUUGCAAUAAAAAUAUGAUUUCAUUAGAGUGUAAAGCAUCAAUUUUCCAUUACUGAUGAAAUAUAUAGCAAUUGAAAAAAAAAAAAGAUUCUGCUGUCCAAUUUGCUUAGAUCCAAAAACCAGAAUAUUGAUUUCCUCAGUCUCAUUGCACAUCCAGAUUUAAGCUAAUCCUAUGCCUCUUUUGGAGAUGUCCAAAUAAAGCUCUGUAUGAUGCUAUUUUUAAUAAAUAAAUCAACAUAGGC